AUGGCCUGGCUCGCGUCGACCCCGGGCUCUGGCGGCCGAGCCGCGUCCCCCACAGUCUUCGAGCAGCAACGCGAAGAAAUGGUGCGCGAGAUUGCAGUGGGCAUGGAAGGAGUGCUCCAAAACAUCAACCGCCUGAAUCGCAACUUGGAAAGUAUUAUCGCGGUGGGCAAUGAGUUCGGCUCCGUCGAAGCCCUGUGGUCGCAGUUCGAGAACUUCAUGGCUCGGCCCGAUGAAGAGGGUGAAGACAAUGCCAAUGGGAAGCGGAAAGUCAGCGGGGAGAGCGAGGGCAAGGGCAGAUCGAGUGGACAGCCGGGCGAGGGAGAAGGGGAGCCGACUGUGUAG